GUCCCGCAGACAUGGGCACCCACUCCACCAACAUGAGGGUCAAGCUCCCCGUCAUCUGCCUGCUCCUGCAAGCCGUCACCAUCCUCCUCUUCGCCAUCUUCGUCCGCUACGACCACGAGACCGACGCCAGCGCGUGGCACAGCCAGAACAAGACCGACGGCGAGAACGAUUUUUACUACCGGUACCCAAGCUUCCAAGAUGUCCACACCAUGAUCUUCAUCGGCUUCGGUUUCCUGAUGACCUUCCUGAAGCGCUACGGCUUCAGCAGCGUGGCCUUCAACUUCCUGAUCGCGGCCUUCGGCCUCCAGUGGUCGACGCUCAUCCAAGGCUUCUUCCACGGCUUCCACGACGGCAAAAUCCACAUCGGGAUUGAGAGCAUGAUCAACGCGGACUUCUGCACGGGGGCCGUCCUCAUCUCCUUCGGGGCCGUCCUCGGCAAAACCAGUCCCGUCCAGCUCGUCGUCAUGACGCUGUUCGAAGUGACGCUUUUCGGGAUCAACGAGUACAUUAUACUGAACGUAGUCGGGGCCAAAGAUGCCGGCGGCUCCAUGACCAUCCACACGUUCGGGGCCUACUUUGGCCUGGUGGUCUCUCGGGUGCUCUACAGACCUCACCUGGACAAGAGCCGCCAGAGGGAGGGGUCGGUCUACCACUCGGACCUUUUUGCAAUGAUCGGAACCAUCUACUUGUGGAUGUUCUGGCCCAGCUUCAACUCCGCCGUCACGGCUCACGGUGAUGACCAGCAUAGGACGGUGAUGAACACCUACUACUCCCUGGCCGCCUGCACGCUGGCCACGUUCGCCUUGUCCUCCCUGCUGAACGGUGAAGGAAAGCUCGAUAUGGUCCACAUUCAGAACGCCGCAUUGGCCGGUGGCGUUGCAGUUGGCACGUCUGCGGAGAUGAUGUUGACGCCGUUCGGUGCUAUGAUCGCCGGAUCCUUAGCUGGGAUCGUCUCCACCCUCGGAUACAAAUUUUUAACGCCCGUGCUGGAUUCCAAACUGAAGAUCCAGGACACGUGUGGGGUCCACAACCUGCACGGCAUGCCCGGCAUUCUGGGGGCGAUGAUAGGCUCCAUCGUAGCCUUGGUGGCUACCGCAGACGUGUACGGCGGCGGCAUGGAGGACGUUUUCCCGUUGAUCGCCGAUGGCACCCGCACGGCCCAGUCUCAAGCCAUGUACCAGUCCCUGGCUCUGCUGGUGGCUUUAUCCUUUGCCCUGAUUGGGGGAACUAUUGUCGGGUUCAUAUUGAAGUUGCCGUUCCUCGGCGCCCCGUCCGACUCCGAAUGUUUCGACGACUCCUUGUACUGGGAGGUACCCGAGGAAAGCGAGCACCUCGCCGUCCACACAGAGGAUCCGGAGCAGCAGACGCAAGCAUAGAGGCCGCGGCGCCCGCACUUCCACUAACCACCAGAGACUAUACCACGGAGGACGACCUCCCUUACCUGGCCGAGGUCGGGCUUUGUCUAUUGGUGCCAUCCAUCCGGACUUCCAAUGUGAACCCCGCCGGGAGCUGUCAUGGAGGACGUCCAAUAAGCGAAGACUUGCCCCCGUUCUCCGAAGGGC